AAAAAAACUAUAAAAAUAUCUCACGAGACACAACCGGACUCGCUCCCUCGUUCCGCUAACUCAGCCCUAUGGAGAUCGCCCCCGCGUCUCCUCCGCCUCCGCCGGGCGUUGAAAUCCCCGGUUCAUCUACAGAUGCCGUUGUGGAAGACAGCAUGAAGCCGUCUCCAUCAAUAUCUUCCACAUCGUCAGAGAAGGAAGAAAAAGGGUCGUCAUCGAUGUCGUUCGGGGCGUCGGCGAAGUAUGGUGCGGAGAUGGAGGAGGAGGAGGAGGAAGACGUUUGCAGGAUCUGCCGGAACCCGGGCGAUGCGGAGAACCCCCUUCGAUACCCUUGCGCGUGUAGCGGCAGUAUCAAAUUUGUCCACCAGGAUUGUCUUCUUCAAUGGCUGAAUCACAGUAAUGCUCGACAAUGCGAGGUUUGCAAGCAUGCUUUUUCUUUCUCUCCUGUGUACGCUGAGAAUGCUCCAGCAAGGCUUCCUUUUCAGGAGUUUGUGGUUGGGAUGGCAAUGAAAGCUUGUCAUGUUCUGCAGUUCUUUUUGCGCCUUAGUUUUGUACUUUCAGUUUGGCUCCUCAUUAUACCUUUCAUUACCUUUUGGAUAUGGCGGUUGGCUUUCGUCCGGAGUUUUGGUGAAGCUCAGAGUUUAUUCGUUAGCCAUAUUUCAACCACAAUCAUUCUUACUGAUUGCUUGCAUGGGUUCCUACUUUCUGCUAGCAUUGUGUUCAUUUUUCUUGGAGCUACUUCUUUGAGGGAUUAUUUCCGGCAUUUGCGAGAGCUCGGAGGAGAUGCUGAGAGAGAAGAUGAAGGGGAUAGGAAUGGUGUUCGUGCUGCUAGGCGACCCCCGGGACAAGUUAAUAGGAAUUUAGCUGGUGAUGGUAAUGGUGAAGAUGCUGGUGGAGCACAAGGUAUUGGUGGAGCUGGCCAAUUGAUCAGAAGGAAUGCUGAAAAUGUAGCUGCUCGUUGGGAAAUGCAAGCAGCUCGUCUUGAAGCUCAUGUUGAACAGAUGUUUGAUGGCCUGGAUGAUGCAGAUGGCGCCGAAGAUGUACCUUUUGAUGAGCUUGUUGGCAUGCAGGGUCCUGUUUUCCAUUUGGUUGAGAAUGCAUUCACUGUUCUAGCGAGCAAUAUGAUAUUCCUUGGUGUUGUAAUAUUUGUGCCUUUCUCUAUAGGCCGUAUUAUUCUCUAUUAUUUAUCCUGGCUUUUCUCUUCUGCAAGUGGCCCGGUGCUGUCAGUAGUCAUGCCACUGACAGAUACUGCCCUUUCCUUGGCAAACAUCACAUUAAAGAACACAUUAACUGCUGUUACAAAUUUGACAUCUGAAGGCCAAGGUCAGGCUGUAGAAAUGUUGAAAGCAAACUCUACUGGAGUCUCUGAAGUCUCAAGCAACACAAGUGCAUCAUUUUCAGAAGAUCUUUUGAAAGGAGUAACUCUUGGAUCAUCAAGGCUUUCUGAUGUUACAACUCUUGCUAUUGGUUACAUGUUUAUAUUCUCCUUAGUCUUCUUCUACCUUGGUAUUGUCACUUUGAUUAGGUACACUAGGGGUGAGCCUUUGACAAUGGGGAGGUUCUAUGGAAUUGCCUCACUAGCCGAGACAAUACCAUCCCUCUUCAGGCAGUUCUUGGCGGCAAUGAGUCAUUUGAUGACAAUGAUUAAGGUUGCUUUCUUGCUUGUAAUUGAACUUGGGGUGUUCCCUUUGAUGUGUGGGUGGUGGCUAGAUGUAUGUACAAUAAGGAUGUUUGGGAAAUCGAUGUCUCAAAGAGUUCAAUUCUUCUCAGUUUCACCUUUAGCAAGCUCAUUGAUACAUUGGGUUGUAGGAAUUGUGUACAUGCUCCAAAUAAGCAUCUUUGUUAGCCUUCUUCGAGGGGUUUUACGUAAUGGGGUUCUAUACUUCCUUCGAGACCCAGCCGAUCCAAACUACAAUCCCUUCCGUGAUUUAAUUGAUGACCCUGUACACAAGCACGCUAGGAGGGUCUUGUUAUCAGUUGCAGUUUAUGGGAGUUUAAUUGUGAUGCUGGUAUUUUUGCCAGUUAAGCUUUCUAUGAGGAUGGCUCCUUCUAUUUUUCCACUCGAUAUAUUGGUAUCAGACCCAUUUACUGAGAUUCCAGCUGACAUGCUUCUCUUUCAAAUAUGCAUUCCAUUUGCCGUUGAGCAUUUUAAAUUGCGGACAACAAUCAAGUCUCUUCUGCGCUAUUGGUUUACUGCAGUUGGAUGGGCAUUAGGCUUAACGGACUUCUUACUUCCCAGACCGGAGGAGAAUGGUGGCCAAGAAAAUGUCAAUGUGGAACCAGGACAACAGGAUAGACUACAGAUCAUGCAAAUAGGUGGACAGGAACAGGCCAUGGUUGCAUUUGAGGCUGAUGAUGAUCCCAAUAGAGGCCUCCUGGCAUCAGGGAACUCUAAUGCUGUGGAAUUUGAUGGGGAUGAGCAAACUGAUUCAGACAGGUACAGUUUUGUUCUUCGCAUUGUCCUGUUAUUGGUCAUUGCUUGGAUGACUUUGCUUGUAUUCAACUCUGCCUUGAUAGUAGUACCAAUAUCAUUUGGACGAGCUCUAUUCAAUGCAAUUCCUCUUCUCCCAAUAACUCACGGCAUUAAGUGCAAUGACCUUUAUGCUUUUGUCAUUGGAAGCUAUUUCAUUUGGACUGCCCUGGCUGGGGCUAGAUACUACAUUGAGCACAUAAGAACAAAGAGGGCUUCAGUUCUGUUAGGCCAAAUCUGGAAGUGGGGUGUCAUUGUCAUCAAGAGCUCCUUGCUCUUAUCAAUAUGGAUUUUUGUCAUUCCUGUUCUUAUUGGCCUACUUUUUGAGCUUUUGGUGAUUGUGCCGAUGCGGGUGCCUGUGGAUGAGAGUCCAGUUUUCCUCCUCUACCAAGAUUGGGCGUUGGGUCUCAUUUUUCUGAAGAUAUGGACUAAACUGGUUAUGCUGGACCAUAUGAUGCCAUUAGUAGAUGAAAGCUGGCGAAUGAAAUUCGAAAGGGUGAGGGAAGAUGGCUUCUCCAGACUGCAGGGCCUUUGGGUAUUGCGGGAGAUUGUGUUCCCCAUUAUAAUGAAGCUGCUGACAGCAUUGUGUUUACCUUACGUAUUAGCCCGAGGGGUGUUUCCCGUGCUCGGCUACCCAUUAGUGGUAAACUCGGCAGUCUACCGGUUCGCAUGGCUAGGAUGCCUCUGCUUCAGCUUGUUGUGCUUCUGUGCCAAGAGGUUCCAUGUCUGGUUCACUAACCUCCACAACUCCAUAAGGGACGACAGAUACCUCAUCGGUCGUCGACUUCAUAACUUUGGGGAAGACUUGGAACAGAAGCAAAGCGAGGCAAGAACCUCAUCUGAAGCACUGGCUUCUGAUCUGCAGGCCACUGGAAUAAUCCGGCAGCCCGACCAUGAUGCUGAUGUUGGGUUGAGACUGAGGCGUGUUAAUUAAAAACAUGCGUCCAAUGAAACCGGUGUUAGGGAGCUUUUUAGAAGCCUGUAUGAAAUGGAUUUUCAGAUAUAUGAUUUUGAGAAGAUGGUAUCCAACUUUGGUAGGUAGUGUUUUGUGCAUAGAAUACGUGUUAACUUGGUUAUUAGGGUUUGUCCUAAAUUUCACCAGCUUAGAAAAGCAGCAAACAAAUUACCACUUUAUUUGUUUAUUUCAACUCUUGAAUUUAUGAUUCAGAGCCACUCGAACUUGCACAUGUAAAAUACUCAAUAUUACUAUAAUAAUGCAUGUAAAAACUCAUGUUUGGUCA